UGUUUAAUAUGCAUUAGCCCGUGUUAUUAUCAACAAAUACCCAGGAGUGCAGAAACCGCGCUGUAGUGUCCGAAUUGCGUUUACCUUGACGUGAGAUAGGUAUAGUCUAUUAUGUCAGCUAGUUUUAUAGUCUCCCAUCGGUGGGUAAUAUAGCCUAUAGGAGGGAGUUCAAGGCGGAUUUGCGUGUCUGUCCCCUGCACGCCCGCAGCGACGUUGUUGUGACUCCCCCCCUCUCAGCAGCAUUUGACACUGCUCGUGAAGUCGAGAAGCCUACAUUGCUUGUCUUUAUUGUUUCGUAGUGUCAUUUUGCUAGUCAGUUUACUGCGAUGCGGUGGCGGGCAUGCCAGCGACGCUGACACAAUGGGCGCUGGUUUAGUUACAUUGUGGCUGAAUGUCUGUGGCAGUUCCAAAGACAGCGACAGGAUGUAUCUAUUCAGCGACUUUACUUUGUAGCCUAAAUGACUGCCGCACAUUGGGCUGGAUCGCCAUUGCAGGUUAACGUUGGGUCAGUAGACCCAUUGUAUUGCGAAUAUUUGGCUAGUAGAGAAGCUCCUUUCAAACGAUAUGGACCUUUUUAUAUUCUCCGUUGAAGGCAAUGCGAAGCCCUCGCAGUGAAGGACAGAAAGGCAAGCUGGGCACAUGGCUUUGACGGACUAAGAAAGGGAUUCCUUUCGGGAGCCAAGGAACUGUUUUGUGCGAGGGAGCGACACUCUUGGCUUUUACUGUAAGGGGACGCCGCAACGAUUUUGUUGGAUGUGCGCUCUUCUGUGGGGUGCUGCUGCUGCUGCUGCUGCCGGGGGGCCCUAACUAUUCCAAUGACUUGCCACUCAUCUGAAAACAUCGAUAACAACCGGAGAUCGGACACCGAGGGCCGGGCUGUCGACGCAGACCAGAGUCGUGUCGCCUCUGCCAUGCGGGACCUGAAGAAUACAGGCUGGUACUGGGGCCGUCUGACGGCGGGCGAGGCCAAGGAGAUCCUGCAGCACUCGGCCGAGGGCACCUUCCUGGUGCGCGACAGCUCCCAGCGCGACUACCUCUUCACCAUCUCCGCCAUGACCUCCGCCGGCCCCACCAACCUGCGCAUCGAGUACCGCGACGGCAAGUUCAAGCUGGACUCCGUCGUGCUGCUCAAGCCCAAGCUCAAGCAGUUCGACAGCGUCGUGCACCUGGUGGAGCACUACGUCAAGCUCUCCCAGAACUCCAGUUCCGGUUCCGGUUCCGGAACUUCCGGGUCCGGUUCCAGUUCUGGUUCCGGUGGUACUACGGGACAGGGUUCGGGUUCGGGUUUGGGUCCGGCGCCGCCGCUCGGCCCCAACGCUAACGGCACGGUGCAGCUGUUGCUAACCAAGCCGGCGUACACUUCCAUGCCUUCGCUACAGCACCUGUGCCGCAUCGCCAUCAACAAGAGCACGCGGCGCGUCACCGAGCUGCCCCUUCCCAACAGACUCAAGGACUACCUGACGGAGUACACCUACCACGUUUGAACUUGAUUGGCCGUUGUGGUGGCGGGCGUCCGCCUGUCAUGUCACCCACCACAGCCAAUCACGGACGGGCUGGCUAACUGCUACAACCAACGGGACUGCUACAAGGUUCCGCCUCGUUGUCGUCGCCGCCGCCUGCUGGUUGGUCGGCUAAGCUUGGGGUGUGUGUGUCGUCGUGGUGACUACAGUACAGUACAGUGCAGUACAGUGCAGUACAUACAGCUGUGGGUGUCUUCUGUACAGCCCCCACCGCUCCCCUCGCUUGCUGUGUGUGUGUGUGCACACGGCACAGCAGCCAAAGUCUGGUGGAACGUGUGCCUAUGGUUUGGAUCUCCAUCCAUGCGUUGGACUGUAUUGUAUUGUGGGCUGAGGAAAGGACUAUCAGGCGUGGAGCAGCCGCACCUAUGGUCACAUUCGCAGUCCACAAAAGGGACUUCUGGCUGGUAGACUGGACCCACCAUCUUGGGUCACAGCCCCAAUCCCCUGGUAGGACUGCACAUGGUGCUCUCUUUGGGUGGGUAGGUGGGUCCGUGCUGGCUGGGGUCCUUCUAAGUAGGUACCACGUACCUGUAUGUUGCACCUGUUCUUGAUGACACCCUGCCGCCCACCAGCCCCCCCGAACACACACACACACAAACCAGCCAUUACCAUGGUAACGACAUAUCGUACUACAACCCCCAAAAGGAACUGGCUGGAUGGGGGGUGCAGUGGGGUGCUCCGUGCUGUUCGGCUCCCCGCCCCCCGCCCCCGCACAGUUCUCUCUCUGCACCUUCUGUAGUGUUGUUGUCACUACCUGACUAAAUAUUAUGACUUUAUCGUCAGCAGCACCAAGACUGUCUGUCUGUCUGUCUGCACUGCGGCUUUGGUCUCAUGUCAGGUCGGUCGAGGUGCUAACUAAAGUUACAAGAUCUUAAUUAUUAUUAUUAUUACCAAGUGGUGCUUGUUUUGAGCAUCCAGACAAAACUCUUCUGUCUUUAUCUUCACUAGCUGGGUCUGACAUGGCAGCUGGACACUUGUGCAUAACUGUUUCAGUUCUGUCUGAUUUUAUUAUUUUGUGUUUUAUUUUGUUUGAUUGCUGAUUGUUUGUUUGAGUUUGUUAUUUUGGAUGACCUCUAUUUUUUAUUUGCUUAGCAAUUUUUUUACUGUGAUAAUAUAACCAGGCAAGGGACUGAGGGCAGGGGAGGGGUGGCCUGGCUCUCACGCAGACCCUUCGUGCUUCGUGCAUCUUCGUUAAACUUCGUGAGCUCGCACGAGGAUCUGGAAAUCUUAGACGAGCCCGAACGGCAUCCGAUAUUUCAUGGUCGGUCCAAUCAGAAUCGCGGGGCGAGAUCUCGGGGCGGGGUAUAUACAAGUCAGUGUUUGAAGUAGUAGUAGUGAUUCAAAAACAGCCAUGUGAAUUCUCCAAUCAGGUUCGGGCUAUUUUGAACACACCCGCGCCUUUCCAGAGCUAAGCCAUUGUCAAUGUUCCAGAUGGUUGGUAACAACCAUCGCGUGAGAACCAGGUUAGGGGAGGUUGGGGUUGUUUUGAUUUUUCAAUGAAUGCUUUCUUGUACAUUACAACAAGCAAUACACUGAGGCUUGAAAUUCUUA